UAACAAUUCAUUUCUGUUUUUAUCAGGGAAUCUCAAAUUAGAUAUAGAAAUGUACGGUAGAUACUAAAAAAAAAGUUAAAAUGGUGUUUUGAAAUAUUUUUCCAAAAAUUCAAUAUAGCAGUAUAGACCUCCAUUUGUUAUGUAGUAGCAUUGAUUAUCCAGCAGAUACGACAGAUAAAAACCUAAUAUGGAAGGAGUUACACAGAAUAAUAAAAAAAAACAAGAUAGUGAAGCACUAAUGGAGUAUUUGAGGAGAAAUCCUCCUCGUGUAAAAAGCAUUGGUGAAGUUGUCAACUUAUUGCAUGUGAUAUCGACUGAGCAGAGAUCAUGCAAUGUAUUGCGUUCUUGCGUAGACAAAGUUUUAAUGAAUAUGAGUAAUAUUCGUACAUUACGAGAUAUUAUUGAAAGAUUAAGAUCUGUAUCAAGAACUAACGGUUUUCGCUUUGAACUUCCUGCUUCUUCAAGUCCAGAAACAAGAUGUCGUCUUGUGUCAGAUAUGUUUAGUGUCAAAAUAAUACUCGGAACGUCAAAUACACCUGACCAUAGUCCUACAGUUAUUGACGUCAGCAUACAACACAGUGAUGAAUAUAGAACUUCUCCACAUCUUAUUAAUAUAAUAAGAGCUGGAAAAUUUUUGGAACUAUCCUCCCAUCUCCAAGGAUUAACGGAAAUGUAUUUGACUUCUGGGAGUAGACCAAGUAGAACUAAAGUUUAUAUGUCAUUGCAAUCUCUUGAAACUGACCUGGUUAAGAUGAGUCAAAUAUACAAGGACACACACAAAGAUGCUUCUGCUUUGGAUAUUGUAAUGAACGGUACAGUUGGUGUAUUGACUCCUAGACUGGCUGGUGAUAGAUCACAUUUUGCUUUCUUCGUUUCACCAUAUGAUUUGAUUGACACAUCUGCCAAACAGAAAAUAUCACUCAAUGAUGUUGUGCCAAAACACAUCGGACUUCACGCUGAAGUGAGUAUCGAACAGAGAUCUACUGCCUGUAAUCUUCCUAUUACACCGUUGAUCACGAACAAACAUCCUAUUGAUGCGUCUGGCAUGCCAAGGUUUCUAGAUGUUAGUCAUCACAAUUCUAUGAUGCUACAAGCAUGUUUUGUACUUCAUCUCAAACCACCAGUUCCAGUGCUUUCUAAAGUUGUUGAAGACAUCGCAAAAAUUACAAAUCUUGGAAUCAGUUCUGAAGAUGAUCACACAACCAAGCCAUAUCUUGAAUUACUGAAUGCUAAUAAGAAAACUUUUAAGAUACCUCUUGGUGAUGAGAUUCAUGUUUAUCAUCUUGAUAUAUCGGAAUUGAAGGGAAGUUUAGUAAAUAAAGUUUAUUUUACACAUCCUGGCCAUGUUCCUGCUAUAUUAUGUUGUCUGAGAAAGCAAUCUCACUUGAACACACUUAUUUCAAGUUGCAUAAGAGAUACAAAAUCAGAGAUUAAAAAGUACAAGCAGUGGUAUUUUGAAGUAUCAUGUAGCAGAAAUAUUGACAAAGUUUGUGUAAUAAUGGAACAUCCUUCAACAAAAAGCACAGCAUCUUUGGAAAUCAAACUUGACAAGUCAGGUUUUCAGAGUUGUACAAUAUUUACUGGGCGAGGUGAUCCACCUCUAUGUACUGAUGAAUUUGUUGCAAAAGUUUUAAGCAAAUGUUCCUCACUUCCAAUCACAAUGAGAAAACUCAUUGAACAAAGCAUCAAGAACCCGAAGAAGGAAGCUGAAGUGAAUCGGGCUCGUCCGUUAUUUGCUCCCUCUACCCACCAACCCCCACCUACAUUACUUACAGUGGUGAAGAAACCUCCGAUUAAUCAACAGUCCCGCUCCAGUAGUUCGUCGACCCCAACACCCACAGUGUUUCCAAGCAGUGGCAGCAUGACUACUACCCCUACACAAUUCCCAUUACCUCAUCCAGUUGAUCACCAUAAACCUGCUACACCGAAGAAAGAAAAAGUCCAGAAAAAUCCUAUGUUGACUCAACUUCUGAUACCUAAUAAUCAAGAAAUGAUGGAACCAGCAGCUCCUAUGAAGAGUCACCCAAUGCUAAUGGGUCUUCUAAAAGAUGAUUUGGAGCAAGAUCAAGCUCAAACAAACCCCCAGCGAGGUGGGAAAAUCCCCACUCCACAAGGAGGGUAUCAGUCUAAUCAAUUGACUACCAUGUUAAGUGGUGGUAGCGGACAAUUCAAUCCGGCAUCUGGAUUCAUGUCACCUAGUUCAACAUAUGGUGGCAUGGAACCCCCUAUUCCAAUGAGUGGGUCACACACUAUGCCCCCUCCAAGUUACCCUUCAUCCCAUUCACAAAAUCAAAUGGGACAACUACCAAACAUGUCUCCUGUACAACAUUCUCCUGCAGCAGGAAUGCAGCAGUUUCAGCGACUGAGUGAAGCAGAUGAGAUGACAGGACCAGUUACUCCAACUCUAUCAUUUGGAAUGAUGUCACCUGGACUAUCUUCACCGGGAUUACCUCAACAAGGGAGAGGUAGAAGAGCAAGCCGCCAGAAAUCUUAUCCGAUUGAAAAUUCAGAUUUUCCUGUGUUUGAGACAUCGCAAGAUUCCUUUCAGGCGCAAAUGAAUAUCGAAACUGAUGCUCUCAAUGAGUUACUUGCAAUGCAGCACAGACAAGGAAUGACAACUUUAAGAAGAACAGACUCUAUGUCCCCUGGUGUAAGCCUAGGAUCACACAUGCCACUGCAGCAUUCUUCAUCUCUCAAAUCGAUUUCAGAGAAUAUGGGGAACAACAAUUUACUUACAAGAAGCUCAUCAGCCAGCAGUGGAAAAGGUGGAAGGUCAAUGAUGUCUCCUGGACCUCGAGGUUUAAGAACUCCUGAAGGCAUGAUGACUCUGGGAUCUCCACCAAUGUUUGAUGCUUCUGGUAAUAAUCAGAGGGGUUCGAGGGUCAAAUCAUUCGAUAGCCAUCAGAGUGAGUUAUUCCGGUCGCCACUACCAUCUAUGUCACCUGGGGGAUUAUCGAUGAAUUUUCCACUCAGUGCUGGAUCAAUGCAAGAUCCUGAGGCUGAUCCAUUUACAUUUGAUGACAACAAAAACCCUUCAAAAAUCAGUAUGACAGAAACUACGGUCGGCGGUGGAUCUACACAACGUAGUAACAAACCACCUCUAUAUCACAGUACCUCAACAGAUGAAGCAAUGAAAGAAUUGGCCAAAAGUAAACCAGUAUUACUACGGGCACUUACAGAAGAUCUAUCUUUCAAACCAGAAACUCAACGUCCAACUGGAAGCUCUGCCCAAGGUUUGAUGCCAAACUUGACGUCUUUAGUGCAAUCCUCGACUUCAAAUCAUUCUUUGUUUGAUUUGCCAAACAAGCUAAUGACUUCCACAUCAAUAACAACAAUGCCAGACAAAGGACUAGUACGACAAAACGCCGUCGAUAAACCAGGAAGCACCACACCUGGAAGAUCAGGAGAUACCAAGAAUGAAAAGGCAGUGAGAAGAAGAAAUUCGAGUAAAAAUGAUGAAGGAAAAGCGCCGGCUAAAAAGCGAGGACGUCCACCUUCUGUCAAAGAUCAUGGAGGUAAGAAAAAGAAGGGUGAAGGAGGCGGACCACAAAGUGAUGAUCCAAAUGCAAAUCCACCAAUCAUGUUAAACAUACAACUGUCAUCAACUGGGGCUCCUAUAUCAUCAACAACCAAAACUAAACCAUUGCUUGGAUCAGCACUACCGCAGAAGAAUCAGACUGGUAUCAAUCCCAUACCUGUUCCCGCUACGUCGAUUACAAGUAUUGGGACAAGCAACAACAACACAACUAAUGCACCGACCACAACUAGCAGUACCGGGUUAUCUGGAACACCAAUGUCAAUUCUUAGUGAUAUUGAAAAAUAUCUCAAAUCCCAAGAAGAACUACAGAGUAGAAAGAAAAAGAAAGUUAUAGGGAAAACGCCAUUCCAGAGUAAACAAUCAUUUGGUCCUCAAUCAUCUUCCAGUAGUAUUACAUCUGCAGAUAAGAAUCAACAAGGUUAUCAACUUGGUAAACAUCCUGGCUCAGUUUCACCUCGGAAUGGAGGUGCUGGAGUGAUGGCUCAAAAACGUGCUCGAAAAAACUCAAUCGAAGAUAUUGUCACAAAAUUGGCAUCAGACAAAAUGUCAACUAACAUUCCAGGUGUGUCAUCUCCAUCAAUUCAAGAUUCAGGCAAACAAUCAUUCGAAAAAGACGCAAACAGUAAUUUACUGACAAAAUCAAAGUCAUUGCUUUCAAAUUCUCCAUAUCAGAAACCACCAGGAAGCAUCAUAAGUAAACUUCCACAGGGAAGCACAGAAGAAAAAAACAUGAAAAGUGGAACAAUUCCCAAGCCAUUAGGUCAUGCAAAGAGCCUAAUUAGCAAAAUAAAUCCUAAUCUCAACACUAUGCUUAAAGGAGGCUUUACUGCCAAAACAGGACGUCCCCAAGUUACGGAACUUCCAUCAGGGAUGAAGACACAAGGAGAAUCUGAUAUGGAAAAAGUUUUGAAAUUUGUUAAUCAAGCUGCUGCUGCAACGGCAGCGAAAGGUCCAACAAUGCAUGCACCUGCACCAUUGAACAAAGUUGGGGCUCCUAAAGUUCCACGGAAUCCGCCACCAGCCAAAGUCAGAAGCAUCACACCAACGUCUGUUCCUGUGGGCAGUAGCCCAAUUCAAAGAAAAUCACCUUCGCAAAUGCUGACCAAAACUCUCUCAUCUGAUUUAGCUGCACGACAGUUAUCUGCCAAACUUUCUGGUUCCAACUCUGCAGGAACUCCGCCACCUGUUAAAAAGUCACCUCUGAGAAAUCCUUCUAUAGGGGGUCUUCCCGCAAGACCGAGUUCUGCAUCAUCAAUAGAUCCUCCGUCUUCAAGUUUCUCGAAAUCUCUUUCAACUUCACCGACUCCUGCUGCUAUCGGUCUUGCCAGAAAAUCCGCACCUGGAUCAGAUCAACAUUUUGUAGCACCUUCUAUUUCACCUAAUUCGAAACGAACAUCAUCACCUCAGAUUCAACGAACAACGUCGCCACUUACUCGCAUCGAUGAUAAAGUUGGAAAAGCUAUUAUAUCGGGCCGUAGUCCGCACCGGCCAAGCCCUACCCACUCUCGCAUUUCUACUCCCAUUCCCUCUGGAAGUCCUCAGUCACCUGAUGAUAGGUUGAUGAUAAUCGAUGAUGCUGCAUCUUCUACUCAAGGUAGCUCAACGUUGACUCAAAUCAGAGAUGAACAGACACCUGUCUUCAUAUCGGGAAGAAGUUUGAAUGAGAGACAAUCUCCCGAACGUGCUGCAAUGCCCACCCCUCUUUCACCAACCCCUGCAAUGCAGAAAAGUUCUAGUAUUCUGCAAGGAUCAAAGAGAGCUCCAACUCCUCGAAAUAUUACUUUGUCUCCAUCGCUGAGUCCAGCUUUAUCCAGUCCAUAUAUACCAGAUGAUGAGUUGAUGAAUCAAGCUGUGACAUAAAUCUUGAGGCACGGGAGAGAUGAAGUGUGUCCGGAUGGAUAUGUUCAUAACAAUAAACGUAAACAAUUUGCAUGAAGUAUUUGGAAGAUAAAUGUUGGUUAUUCCAAGUUUCUUUUUUACUGACAUAUACUGAUAAAAAAAAUUAAGAUAUGCAAUUUGAACUCCACCCUGGUAUUAAAACUGGAUCUACGUCUAUAUAAGGAGCUCCAGAAGUAUGUGCACCAAGGGUAUUAAAACUGGAUCUACGUCUAUAUAAGGAGCUCCAGAAGUAUGUGCACCAAGAUGGCACACAACCUGAACACAGUAUGUGUAUCAGCUUAGGGUUCAGGUUGUGCGCCAUUUGAUGCACAUACUUCUGGAGUGCCCUAAAAAGUAUUCAUCGAUCUCUAGAAUUUGUACCCACCGACACAAUGCUAUAUUCAAUAUAAUUAUCAUAAGAUCUCUCCCUAACAAACCAAUAUUUUCAGUUGUUGGUUCUAUUAGCAACUUGUACUGUAUUUGUCAUAUAUGCUGCUGAUAUUUUUAUAUCUUCCUGGAAGAAAUAUAUUUUUAAAUUUUUUCCAAUGAUAAAAUAUCUUCUUUGCUUUCAAUGAACUAUUUUGAAUGCCAGUCUGUGUACAUUUUUGCUCAAUUUUAGUGUAUACGAUUCCAAAUAUUCUCUAUAAAACCAUUGUUUAUUUGAGUGGCCUGUCUUUCAGGGAGUUUUAA